UUACUAUUGUUCAAUAUGUUGAUCAGUUUAUUAUAAUUUAUCAGCUGCUAUUGAAAUAAAUUCAUUUAAAUCAUAAUGCAGUGACUGUAUUAUUAAAAAAGAUUUAGAAAAUGGUAAAGAUGGCAUAUUCUGUGAAUACCACCCCAUUGCUAGAUGAAUACGAUUCAGAAAAUGAAGAUGAAAGGCAAAUCAAUCCGGAAGUUGCAGUUAGGGACGACAAGCCACUGUUUAAAGCCUCGGAACCUAAAGAUAAAUACUACAUGUCGUAUUUGAUAUUUUACUUAUUAGGCAUUGUUACUUUGCUACCCUGGAAUUUUUAUGUAACAGCUGAUGAUUACUGGAUGUAUAAAUUUCGAAACACAAGUAUAAAUAGUUCGGUAGUAAAUGCCUCAAUGAAAAGAACACCACUACAAGCUGAAUUUACUUCGUACCUGAGUGUAGCGUCAUCAUUUCCAAAUUUAAUUUUUUUAGUACUGAACACGGCUAUAAGUCAUAGGAUCUCACUAAAUAAACGGGUUAUGGGAUCAUUAUUUUUCAUGUUAUUGCUAAUGUUGUUCACACUGGCUUUUGUAAAUAUUAAUACAGAUAACUGUCAACAGUUAUUUUUCGGAUUGACUUUAACUACUAUUGUGCUGCUUAAUGUUUGCAGUGCGAUAUUUGGAGGAAGCGUCUUCGGAGUCGUGGGAAAAUUCUCUCCAUUCUACAUCACUGCCGUUAUAGGUGGGCAGGCACUAGGUGGCAUAUUCGCCGCCCUCGCUGAAAUCGCUGCCCUAGCGAUUGGAGCAUCGUCAACGCACACUGCCCUAGUGUAUUUCAUCAUAGGAAAUGUUACAAUAGUGAUAGCAAUAAUUUGCUACGUUGUGUUGGAGAAUACGGUGUUCUUCAAAUACCACAUUUCACAUCACCCGGAAAUUAACAAUUUUCAAGGGGAACACGUGCACUUCGAGAUAUGUUACAAGGUCAUUUUGAAGAAAAUGUGGUGUCACGGUCUGUCCGUGUUUCUCACGUUUACUUUUACAUUGUCGGUUUAUCCAGGAGUGACGGUUCUGAUCGAAUCGGAAGGGAAAGGGCAUGGCAAUAAGUGGAACGAUGUAUAUUUUGUUCCGACAAUCGCUUAUCUUUUGUUCAGCGUUGGGGACUACCUAGGACGACUGUUGGCUGGCAGAAUACUUAAACCGAAAAAUAUCAGCAUACUUAUGAUACUGAGCAUAGCGAGGUUCAUUUUCAUCCCGCUCCUGAUGUUGUGCAACGCACAGCCUAGACACUACUGGGGUGUGGUUUUUGACAAGGAUUACCAGUACAUCCUAAUCUUGUUCAUGUGUGCCCUGAGCAAUGGAUAUUUAGCCAAUAUUGUAGCAAUUUAUGUUCCUAAGAUAGUAGAUCACCACGAGAAAGAAAUAGCCUCGUCCAUCAUGACUAUUUUCAUGGGUAUAGGCUUAGCUUUAGGAUCUGCCGUUAGUUUAUUUAUGGUUAGGUUGUUGUAAUUUUUAAUUUAACCAUGAGAACUGCAUUAUUUCAAUAAUCGGUACUUAUUUUUUUGAUGAUUUUAAAAAAUUAUACUUAAUAUUCAAACUUUGUUUUAUAUAUUUGACAUUUUUUUUAUAAUGCAAUUCGGGUCCUAUUUUAUUUACAUCCAGUAGAAUCACGUUUUUGUAGUUUAAGUGAUAUCCAUAUUUCACAACAGUAAAUGUUUAGUGGUAGAUUGGCACACAAGUCUUUAUUUCUUGACUAAAAUAAAAAAAAUAUGCUUGUUAAUUAUGAUUGCAUUAAAUAAGAUCUCAAAUUUCGAAAAUACAUUUUUUAUGUAUGUUUUAUGUUUCUUUAUUAGUUCCCAGGGAUUAUAUAUGGUGUGUUCAGUGAUCAAUUACAAAAUCUAAACAAAAACUUUCUUUAAAAACCCCAUAUAAUUUAUUGUAUAUCAUUCCAAUUUAUUAAGGUGCUCAUAUAUGUUAUGUGUAUAUUUUUUUAUUUGUUUUUUAAGCAAAAAAAGAUAAAUCUUUGUAUAAGGUAUAGUUUUCUCUUUGUUUUAUAGGAAAACUAGUACCCAAAUAAUUGUGAUAUAU